AUGUUACCUCCUAUUCCUAUUCCUAUUCCUAUUGAUAUCAAUGCUAUAAAAGAUAAGUUCUCCUAUCAGUUGCGACCUUGGCAACGUUCCUUCCAAUUCUGGGUCCGAGCCAUUGACAUCUACACCGGAUACAAGGUGUUUCAAGUGAGAGUCAAUUUCGUCAAAGAUGUGCAGAAGCAGGAAGCAAUGUGGGAACGGCAGCACGAGCUUGCUGCCGAUAAGAUUUUCGCCUUGUGCUCUGACCUUGGAGGUUUCUUCCUCAAGAUCGCUCAAAUUAUAGGGAAGCCUGAUUUGGCCCCGGCUGCAUGGGUGAAAAGGCUUGUUACGCUGUGUGAUAGGGCUCCUCCGACCCCUUUUGAUGUGAUGAAACUAGUUUUGGAGAAUGAGCUAGGGCAGGAUAUUGAUGAUGUGUUCGAGAGAUUCGAUGUUGAACCCCUAGGUUCUGCUUCAAUUGCUCAGGUUCAUAGAGCAAGACUGAAAGGUGAUACAGGUGAUGUUGCUGUCAAGGUUCAACAUCCUGGAAUUCAGGAUCUGAUGAUGACAGAUAUCCAUAACUUACAAGCGUUUGCACUGUACAUGCAAAAGACAGACAUCAAAUUUGAUCUAUAUUCAGUGACUAAGGAGAUGGAAAAACAGAUUGGAUAUGAAUUUGACUUCAUAAGGGAGGCUGAUGCAAUGCAAAGGAUAAGAAAGUUCUUGUAUGAGAAUAACAAAAAGACUCCUGUUUUGGUGCCACGAGUAAUACGAGAUAUGGUUACCAGGAGGGUCCUUGUUAUGGAAUAUAUUGAUGGUGUUCCAAUAAUGAACCUUGGUGAUGAAAUAGCAAAGAGAGGGAUAAAUCCUCGUGGUAAGGUUGCAGCAGCAGCAAAGCAGAAAAUUCUUCAAAGCUUGACUCUAGCAUAUGGCCAAAUGAUUUUGAAAAGUGGAUUCUUCCAUGCAGAUCCUCAUCCAGGAAACAUCCUGAUUUGUAAAGGAUCUGAGGUUGCCUUGCUAGACUACGGGCAGGUGAAGGAUCUCCCAGAACAGUUGAGGCUUGGCUAUGCUAAUCUAGUUCUUUCAAUUGCUAAUGGUGACCCAUUAAGAGCUGCAGAGAGCUAUAGAGAGCUUGGUAUAGAAACCGUGAGCAGUUGUGAAAAUGAGCUACAAGAAUUAUUUAAACUAGCACAGACAAUGUUUGAUACAAAAUUGCCUCCUGGGGUGGUAAUGCUGCAACCUUUCUCAGAGGAAUCUUCAAUUAAAAAAGUUGCUGUUCAGUCCUUUCCAGAAGAACUGUUUUCUGUACUUCGGACAGUGCAUCUACUGAGGGGACUUAGCGUUGGACUUGGAAUCAAUUAUUCUUGUGCAGAACAGUGGAGGCCCUUUGCAGAAGAAGCUCUGUCCCAAGCUGGCAGAUUAAAAGCUAAGAAUGUUAAGCCCAGAGACAGGUAA